UGAGCAACCUCUGCGGUGGUCAGAGUGUGCUUCAUGUUUGUGUAAGUGUGCAUAUUCAAACGUGAGCAAUGUCUGCAAACAGAGAAGAAAUCCACAACAAUCUCAUUGACGGACCUGAUGAUGACUACAGCGGUCCAGAGCUGCGAUAUUCAGUGCUUCAAAAUCCAGGAAAACAUAGAAAGCGGUUUUGCCAAGAACCCUUCAAGGUGGCAACAGCCUGUCUGACUGCCUUCUGCCUGAUUUUGCUCUUGAUCCUGGUGGUCACUGGUCUUCAUGCUGGCAAGACCAGUUCAUCAGGUCAGGAUUCCUCCUCCAGUGCUGCUGCAGCACACCAGCAGACAGGCUCUAUUAACGUAAAAGCUCUGACUGCUGAACUGCAGACGGCCAAGAAAGAGAAGAGUGAACUGGAGGAAAAGAAGAGUGAACUGGAGAAAGAGAAGAGUGAACUGGAGAAAAAGAAGAGUGAACUGGAGAAAGAAAAGAGUGAACUACAGAAAGAGCUGUUGCAGCUGAAGGAUAAAAUCACUAAGCUUGAGGCGACACCUGGAUCACGAAUCACUCCAGCGCCGACCACAAGUCCUUGUCCUCAAAACUGGAAGCAUUUUAACGGCAGCUGCUACUUCAUCUCGGUGACCACCAGGAGCUGGACAGACAGUCAGACGUACUGCAAGAGAUACGGAGGACACCUGGCCAUCAUCCUCACUGCUGAGGAACAAACAUUCAUAUGGGACCUGCUGCCCCGCGGAUACUGGAACGCUUACUGGUUUGGCAUUAGUGAUGAAAAAGUAGAAGAUGACUGGCACUGGGUGGAUGGAACCAAACUGGUGGGAGGUUUCUGGGAAGACGGCGAGCCCAAUAACCAUAUUAAUGAAGACUGUGGCUACAUGAUAAAGACUGAUGUUUUGACACGUGUGGCUAUAAGGAGCUGGUAUGAUGCACCCUGCUACAUGUCUUUGCCCUGGAUCUGUGAGAAACCGGCUUCAUCUUGAUCAUCAUCAUCAUCAUCACCUUUACUGAUCAUUAAUAAUACACAUACAUAGUUAACAUUGUGUUUAGAUUGUCUCAGGGUUUAAAAUGUCGAACUGCAGUCAAAAUGCAUUUAACUGUAUUUUAUAAAUCUAACAGGGUAUACAUUUGGUCAUUAUCUACAUUUGGUUUUUUUACACUAGGGUGAGUGAGCUAUUUUGUUAACUGCUUGAAUCUUAUAGAAAAUCAUAGACUAGUUUCAGUCUGAUUUGUCUUAACCUUAUGGUAGCCUAUAGGCUAUGUUUUUAGCAUGUUUAGCACAUGUUUCUCUAUGCUAUUGCUAAACUACUUGUAGUGUCUUGUUUUGUCUUUGAAAACUGUACAUGUAUUCUAUGUAGUUUAAGGGGUAACGAUUUUAAAACAGAAGUCUUAUUUUUAUGUGAGAGACAAAAGUAUUCAGCAAGAGUUAAAGAUGCAAAGAAAUAUAAACAGGCAAAAAUAUUAAAAACAUUAGCGAGUUAUAUGGGGAGUAAACGAUGACAAAGGCUUUGCCAUUUUAAAAAGACAUAAAUGUAAUAUAAAAUAAAUGAAAUAGAAAAGUAUUUUAGUGGAAAUAUUGCUGUCUAGCAAAGAUUUAUAUACAGUACUAUAGACAAGUAAUUUUGGAUGUAUCUGGUAGUUCCACUUACACACAGUAGAGGGCAGCAGCGAGUCAAUUUCUCAAAAUGCGACCCAGUCUUUAUGAAUUAGUCGUGUAUUUCACAUCACUUCAGUGUUGCUAAACUGAUGGUUCUAGGUUUAUGUUAAUACCAUGUUUUAAAGUUUUAAAGUAACACCUAUGGUUAUAGUAUGAAUUGAUUUAGAAAUCUAGUUAGGCUACACCAUAGACAGGUUACCACUCAAGUGUGCCAACUAAUACAAACGCAAGCCAAAGUCUAUGGAAAGCAACACUAACCCUGUUUUUUAUCUGAUUUGUCUCUCCUUGGCAUACAAAACAAGGUCUCAGCGACUUUGCUCUGUAGUUCCGCUUGAUAGAUUUUAGCGUUUCGUAAUUCGCACGCAUGGAUGAGUUCAGGUCGUGUCCUCUGACGUCCCGUCCUGAUUUAAUGAUUGAGGAAGAAUGUAUUUAAAUGAGGACACGGUUUUACUGUAUCAGCUUAAUCAUAGUUCAUAAACAACUCAGGUCAGACUAAAAGCACGUAGGCUACGCUGUAUUUGUGUAGCUUAAUAUGUACGCUUUUCACAUUAUUAGAAGAACUAGAACCAUCAUAGACGUUGUAUUGAAGGGGCGAAUCACAAGGGGGACAAAUCCCCUAAUUAACGCUCGACCCCCCCUUGAAGUACAUCAAAAUAAGAUGUAUGGGGGGGGGGGGGGGGUUAAUAGUUAAGAAAUAGUUUGCUCUAAUCUGUAUCUUAAAUCAUAUUAAUAAUUAAGUUAAUAGGUAACUUUAAUAUACAUUUUACCACCCCUGCAAUGGUUCAUACCAUUGUGAAUGGAUGUUUGCGCCAAAAAUACUAAUUUAGCGGUUUGAAACCGGCAAACCUAGAGCAACAGACAGUAAGGUAAGUGUUCACAAAAAAUAUUUCUUGUAAAAUAGGCAUUUAUAUUGUAGGUGUCUGUAAAACUAGAUGCAUAGUUUGUAUUUUGUUACACACUUGAUUGCACAUGGAGGUUAAACAGUAAAAUAAAACCUACGUCACGUACAGUCUUUCAUGUCAUCCCUUAAUAGGAUUAUUUAAUUUCACAAAUGUCAUUGAAAAACACUUAAUAUCCCCCAAAACACUGAAAACACAGUAACAACUUUGAUUAAUAAAUUAGAUGUGAUUAAAGAAUAUAUACAUUUGAUU